UUUCAUCCAGACUUUGUAGUCGAGCACAGAGCGGGACGAUCCUGCUCCUCCACUUUCUGUUGACGUGGUAACGGCGGCUGUUGUCAUUUUGGGUGCAAAUCUCCAGAUAUUCAUGAGUAAAAGUUAGAGAAACGGUGCCAUUAAAAGCGAGCAGUCAUGCUGGAUUUUGCCAUCUUUGCUGUCACGUUUGUCAUCAUUUUGGUGGGAGCUGUUCUUUAUUUAUACCCGUCAUCCAGAAGGGCCUCUGGCAUCCCAGGUUUCAACCCUACAGAUGAGAAGGAUGGAAACCUGCAGGACAUUGUGAACAGAGGCAGUCUGCAUGAAUUCCUCGUCAGUCUUCAUCAGGAGUUUGGGUCCGUGGCGUCGUUCUGGUUCGGCGGUCGUCCGGUGGUCAGCCUGGGCUCUGUGCACCAGCUACGUCAACACAUCAACCCGAACCACACAACUGACUCCUUUGAGACGAUGCUGAAGUCGUUGCUAGGUUACCAGUCAGGGAUGGGAGGCGGGGCCAGUGAGACCGUCAUAAGGAAGAAGGUGUACGAGGGUGCAAUCAACAGUACGCUGAAGAACAACUUCCCUCACUUGCUCAAGGUGGUGGAGGAGCUAGUCGGGAAGUGGAAGUCGUUCCCAGAGGAUCAGCACAUCCCGCUGUGUGCCCACCUGCUGGGUCUGUCCAUGAAGACCGUCACUCAGCUGGCCCUGGGCGAGCGCUUCAAAGACGACGCCGAUGUCAUUUCCUUCCGCAAGAACCACGACGCGAUCUGGUCAGAAAUCGGAAAAGGCUACCUGGACGGCUCCAUGGAGAAGAGCUCCAGCAGGAAAGGGCAUUAUGAGACGGCUCUGUCUGAGAUGGAGUCGGUGCUGCUGUCAGUGUCAAAGGAGAGAAAAACCCAGAGGAAGCAGACGGUGUUUGUGGACGCUCUGCAUCAGUCGAGUCUCACGGAACGACAGAUCAUGGAGGACUGUAUGGUUUUCACUUUGGCUGGAUGCGUCAUCACCGCCAACUUGUGUAUCUGGGCUCUUCACUUCCUGUCUACAUCAGAAGAAGUCCAGGACAAGUUGUACAAGGAGCUGGAGGAGGUUUUGGGUUCUGAUCCAGUUACCUUGGACAAAAUCCCUCAGCUCAGAUACUGCCAGCAGGUCCUCAACGAGACGGUGAGGACUGCCAAGCUGACCCCCGUCGCGGCUCGACUUCAGGAAGUGGAGGGAAAAGUCGAUCAACAUGUCAUCCCCAAAGAGACUUUGGUGAUCUAUGCCUUGGGAGUGGUGCUGCAAGAUUCUGACACCUGGAGCACCCCAUACAGGUUUGACCCGGAUCGAUUUGAGGAAGAUUCGGCCAAGAAGAGCUUCUGUCUGCUCGGUUUCUCAGGGAAUCAAACAUGCCCAGAGCUGAGGUUCGCCUACACUGUAGCUACGGUCCUGCUCAGCACGUUGGUGCGGCGGCUGAAGCUUCACCAGUUGGAGGGACAGGUCAUGGAGGUCAGAUCUGAGCUGGUGUCAACGCCCAAAGACGAAACCUGGAUCACCGUCAGCAGAAGAAGCUAAAACUAGUCUCUACUGUAAAUCCACUGGAGGGAGAAGAGCUGCGGAGUCAUAUUCCCAAAAAGCAAUAUGAUUAACAUCUCAAUUAAAGAAAUUACCAGCAAUUAAACAAGUAUUUCCAUGUCUCACGUUACCUCCUGUCUUUUAAAACAACAGAAUGGUAGUUGACACUUUUUGGAAUAAGGCUCUUUUUGUAACUUGGUUAAAUUUUCUUUGUCCAGUCGUGUUUUUUACACACUAGUCGCCCCACAUGGUCGUCUUCCCUGUACAUGUUCAUCUGAAGCCUUAAAGUACAUUAUUAACUUGACCGUCAAUGGUCCACAUUUGCACUUGUUGAAAGAUGCCAUCUGUUUAAGGAGGGAAACUUUAAUGCUCUACGAUGUAGAGGAAAAACAACUUGUGCCGCCAGAAGUUUUUUUUUACAUUUCCUUGAACAACUGCCUCGAGUCCAAACUCCCAGUGGCAUAUGGCUUGUUUGUCUACUAAUACAGCCACAUGGCAUUCUGACAUUUCAUUCCCUUUUUUAAAAAUCUUAUUAAAUUCUUAUGAAAAUUU